GUGCCGCGUAUCACACGGCAGUUCGAAACUACGAAAAGAACGAAACGUUGAAAGAGCUCGAAGGAAAGAGCAGUCGUUCGGUACGUUGCGUGUACGUUGGUACAUGUGUGCACGCGUGAUACUCGUAUCCACGCAUUUCAACCAUCUUACGCGUAACCGGACAAUCGACGGCGAAGAAAAGGAUAAGAUAAAGAGUCAAGCACGGAGUCUGCUUGGGACGUCUUAUUGUCACAGAAAAAGGAAUUCUACCUAGUGAUCAACGACGGAAACCGAGACGAGGUCUAUAUGGGAACGAAGCAUGAAGACUUGAGAGGAAGAUUUUGAAAAUCGAAGAAAAAAAAAGAAAGAAACUUAUUGUACUUCCUCGCGAAUGAUUGUUGUGGAAUUGUGAAAUUUUUUAACGGGGGGAUAUUUUGUAAGUGCAAAAUGUCACCGGGCGGAGAAAGAGUGCCGCCUUCGUCGCCUGACAUGGAGAUUGAUCUUCCGGACAAAAAUAUGAAUACCUGUCAAGCCAACGGAGAGAAGAUUCAAGAUCGAGACUCGAAGAGAAUCGAUUACGUUCCUAAAAUCAAGUGGCCGGACUUUCUAGCACAGGUGUUUAUCCACGGUGGAUGCGUGUAUGGAUUCUACCUCAUCUUCACACAGGCCAAGUUGCUUACGUCACUUUGGGCAUUCCUCAUGAUAUACACUUCUGGCUUUGGGAUAACUGCAGGUGCUCAUAGGUUGUGGUCGCAUCGUGCAUACAAAGCUAAAUGGCCGCUGCGUUUUAUUCUAGUCCUCUUAUUUACCAUAACAGGCCAAAGGGACGCUUACACGUGGGCCCUGGACCACAGGGUGCAUCAUAAAUAUAGCGAGACAGAUGCCGAUCCCCAUAACGCCAAGAGAGGCUUCUUCUUUGCCCACGUCGGCUGGCUCUUCACGACGCCUCAUCCUGACGUCGUGGCGAAGCGUCAGGCCGUCGACAUGAGCGACCUGGAAGCCGAUCCGAUCGUCAUGUGGCAGAAAAGGCUCUACGUGCCGCUCUUCGCUCUCUUGGCCAUUGGAUUCCCAGUUGCGGUGCCAUGGUAUUUCUGGUCGGAAUCGCUGUGGGUUUCGUUUUGGGUAAAUUUCAACUUCCGGUUCUCCGUAACGCUCAACAUAGCGUUCUUCGUUAAUAGCGUGGCUCACAUGUGGGGACAGAGACCCUACGACAAAAAUAUUUCACCGGUCGAAAAUAUUGCCGUGUCCAUCGCCGCUCUUGGGGAAGGCUGGCACAAUUAUCACCACGUGUUCCCGUGGGACUAUAAAACCGGCGAACUCGGUCAUUACUCCUUUAACAUCACGACGGGAUUCAUCGACGCUUUUGCGUAUCUCGGCUGGGCCUAUGAUCGCAAGUACGUCUCACCGGAAAUGGUGCGUCGAAGAGCGAAACGAUCCGGCGACGGAAGUCACGUGUGGGGCUAUGGCGAUCGGGAUAUUCCCGAGGAGGAUCUUAAGGAGCUGGAAGCAAUGGACAAGAAGGAUUAAUAAGAUGAUGACAAUAAUAGAUUAAUUCAUCUCAACUUUGACAUUCAAACGAACAAUACUUAUCGAGACUAUUUAUUUAGGUGUUGUCUUAAAAAUAUUCCACUUUCAUUCUCGUUCUUAGACCUUACUCAAAAGCCUUUUGAAAAAGCAAACAAAAAAUUGGAGAAAAAAUAUUGUAUUGCGAAUGACAAGCAAGCCAUCCACGUGGCUCUGGUCACGUGCCAAAGAGAGCUUCUUAAAUAUAUUUUCAAUGCCUUAGCCAUGGCACGAAGAAAUUCUAGCCUGGAGUGCAGUGGGAUCCUAAGAUCGAGAAAGCUUGGAUGCAAAUAAUCCAACUGAAACGGGAACACAACGUCCAUGUAUUUGAAAACUAUUUGACGUUUUCGUUCCUACGAGUGGUAUCGUUGGGCGCUGUACAAAGGACUUCUACAAAGUAAUCUAAGACAACGGGAGAGAAUUUGCUUCUCAAGUAAACCUGACUCAAAUUCGUAUGAUUUAUGCCGAUUUGGCAGCAAUACCUAAAAAAAGUAGAUACACGUCGCUUAUUUGUUCCACGACUAUGAUACUUUGGCAUUACUAUUAUUAUUUUUUUAAAUGCCCGCACAAAAGGAUAAUGCACAGAGACGAAGGGUCCACGUCUGCUUUGCUAAUAUCAGUAAUAAGGAAAGAGAUAUAUUAGGAACAUCUGUUUAAUCAGUAACUAUUAAAUAUAAAAUAUUUAUAAAUAUAUCAGUUUAAUCAGUAAACGAUUAAAUGCGCUAAUUCGCAGUUUACUAAUUGAUUCUUAAAUAUUCAAUCGGUACACUCUGCUAUACGUGUAUGUUUGUCUGCAAGUGUGCAAGUAUUAUGUCGAACUCGUGUGCAUGCCCGGUAAAGUAUUGCAUGACGCGAAAAUGGCUAAUCUUUCUUAUCGUAGCGUAUUGUAUUAUUGUAUCAGCAAGUUACGAGCUUGCAGUUAUUUUACCUCAACGACCAACACGAAAGAAAAACUUAGGCUGUAUAAAUUACGGGAAUUUCGUACAUAUGCGGUGACCUUCUUUGUGAUAAGCUUUUAGACUUUUUUGUAUACAAACAAGCGAAUCUUUGAGAAAAUAAUAUAUACACUGUACACAUAGCGUUUAGUAUACACUUAUGAAACUUUGAAAUAUUUAAAUCUACAUAUAUUUGUGUAUAUAUAUUAUAUGUAUACAUUCAGAAUGACCAUGCAAGUUGAUUAAAAAAAAAAAACCUCUAUUACAUAAGUAGUCUAUAGAUAAUAUCAACGUAUUUUCAAAUGCAGUGUUUUAUCUCUCUAAAUAUUCACGCGUGAUUUUUAAAGUUUCUAAAAAUGAAUACUUAUGGAACACUCCCAUUUGAGAUAAAGUGCUAUUUAAAUGUCAUAUAAUAUUUCCAUUCCAAAAAACAGUAGGGAAGCGAAAGUUGAGUAAUGAUAAACUUAGGGGGAUAUCACUGUAUAUUGCAACGUAUUUUUUGUAUGAUCCUUCGAUAAUUUAACGAGAUUGAUAACGAGGGCAAGUUUUUCAAAACAGUCGAAGGGUUUUUUCUCUCUCUGACUCUAUCUUGGGACUCGAGAAUCCAGGACGAGGAUAGGGAUAGAGAAAGAUAAAAGAAAUACAAAUGGCGAAACCGCCAAGGUAAUACAAGAGAAUCGGAAAAGCUAACGAGAUUAAUGACCUGCCUGUUUUCAAGGGCGACACCGCUGCUGUAGAAGACGAGACCAAAAGUAAGAUAGACAAAAUUUUCAAGACUGGUCUUCAAGAGCGACACCACCAUGAUAAAGACCGAAGCCGAAGCAAGAGGAACGCAAAAGAAAGACUGGUUCACACACACCUGUGACAGAUGCGUUCGAAGAUGAACCGAGCGCGCUGAGAGCACGUAGUUCUCUGUUUAUUGCAUGCUAUAGAUACUCAUGCAGAUGCAAGAUGGUGCAAACAUUCGUACAAAAGUCCAUUAGUGACAGUUGGUGACGUACUGUGUACGUCUGAACUUUUUCAUGCUGAAAAACUUUGUCUGACUAAUACUUUUACGUGCUAGAUACUUCCUUAUCCCUGGUCGGUAAUUUCCAAUUUCGUCGGUAUGGCAGAGUUACUCUAUAAUUCCGGUACGUUGGCGCAUAAUUUUGAAGACGGUAGGCAAAAGUGUGGCAAGUGGUGAUCCUAGUCCGAGAGUUGAAGCGAGGCAAGGUUCAGUACAGUAGUCCUUACGGGGACAGGCCAGGACGAUGGGUCUUCUACGCUGAGCGCAGGGUCGGGGAACGCAGAGGACCUCACGCUGUUUUCUCCUGACGUGUACUACAGGUCCUCCUUAGAUCGACAAUGGAGAUCAACGGAGAUCAGCUUUGGCGACCUGGCCGGCUGGCCAGCGGAAGUAGCAGAAGAACCCCGUCCCGGGUGCGCCGGUGGGUCAAGUUGAUGCGGCUGGACCCGGCACCGGGUUGGCUUAUCUCAGGAGGUCUGUUCUUCGAUAGGUCCUCGGAUGGCUCCUUCACUUCUUCACUUCACGGCAGCUUCUUCACAAUAUAUAUAUUACACAUUUAUACCAGUCUAAUUGUAUUUUAUGACUUAACGGUGUUCGAGCCUUAUUCGUGUAUACCAGCACCUAUGAAAUUUUUCAUCUUAAUUCUUAAUAUUGUUUUUUUUUGAGACAAAUAAAUUUUAAUCGGUUAUAUUGA